GCGACGUUUUUUUUCCAUCGCGGAUUCGCUUGUUGGAAGUGCAUCUCAUGAAGCGCCGGGCUUGGUCGUGCUCCUGAACUGCUUUUCUCCUGUGCACUGCUCGCCUUGCUCGUCUGUCCUUCUGCUCGUCUUGCUCGUCUGUCCAUGCCGCUUCUUCUCCAGCGCUGUCUGUGAACCAACGCCCGUCCAGGCUUCGUGCGUCCAACCCCCACUCCAGGAUUGGUUUCAGCCCAAGCCAUCCCUGCCUUUACGUCAUCCUUCACUCCCUCCCCCUUUCUGCCGCUACUCCAACUCCUUCCAACUCCUUCCAGCUCUUCCCAGUUCCUGCUCCCCGUCGUACCGGUCCAUAUGCCCCACCAUCUCUCCUCCUCGCCCAGGCCCUCUGCUCUGCAGCAGUGCGGGCCUCGUCAUGUCCCUCCGUCGUUCCCGCCGCCGUUCUCCUUCCCAAACCACUCCGGCCACGGAAUCUAUCCACCAGCGACCGCUGGUUUGGGCAGCACGGCCUCGUCCAAGCCCCCUUCAUCGCCGUUCCAGUCCAUCGCCGCAUUGCCGUUGCCGUCGAGUCAUUCCCUGGCCCUGCAGACCAGUGACCCGCCGAUACAAUAUCCCAAAGAGUUUCUUCGGCAGUACACCCUGCUGUAUGAGCUCGGCGAGGGAGCCCAUGGGAAAGUGAUGGCUGCACGGCGCAAAAAGGAUGGCUUGCCGGUCGCCGCCAAGCUCUUCCCAACCCGCAGCGACCAUCCGGCCUUCUGGUCAAACCAUAGCGAGCUGGGCCGGGUUCCUUUGGAGGUAUCCAUCAUGAAGUCUGUCCGUCACAAGAAUCUCGUUCAGCUCAUCGACUACGUCUGCGAAGACGACGCCCACUGCAUCAUCAUGGAGCUGAUUGCACCAAAGUCUCAGCGCUCUCUCGAUGCCGUCACAGCACAUACAACCACCUCAAUCGCCAGUCUCCACGCCAUGCGUGAUCCCAUGGAUCUCUUCCAAUUGCUGCAGACUCGACCCUUGACCGACUUUGAGCAAAUGCACAUCUUCUCGUCCGUCGUCGAGGCCGUUGUCCACAUGUCCUCGCGGGGCUUUCUGCACGGUGACAUCAAGGACGAGAAUGUCUUGGUGGACUGGGUGCCCCUGGUCUCGGCUAGCGCCCGCAAGUCAGCAUCGGCAUCGCAGAAGGGCCCGCAUGGUCCAUCGCCCACCCCACAUGCGUGGGUUCCGGUCGUCAAGCUCAUCGACUUUGGCUCUUCCGUUCCGUAUCAACCCAACGAGCUCCUGCCGCCAGCCUUCUUCUGCGGCACGGCCGAGUUUUCCGCACCCGAAAUCAUCAUGGGCUAUCCAUCCUUUGAUGGCGAGAAAUGCGCUUGCUGGAGUCUCGGCGUGCUGCUCUACAUCCUGGCCUUUGGCGGCGUGCUGCCCUUCGACACCCCGCAUGAAACCUGCUUCAGUCCCGUGUGGCCCUCCAAGUUUGGCUCGGGGCAGCAUCACCAUCAGCCGCAUUACCAACGUCUCUGUCGCUUCUACAGCCAGUCCAGGCGGCUGUCCGCUCUCUCGCCGACCUGCUGGGAUCUGAUUACCAAGCUGCUAUGCAAAGACCCGGCUCUUCGCAUCGGCCUGGACGAACUCGUGUGCCAUCCAUGGAUGAACGAGUGCCGCCAGGCAAUGCCGUCCUAAUCUGUGGGCGACCCAGGCCGAUGACCCUCCGUUUCAGCCCCACCGGUCCGCGCUUUGCUCUCCCUUCGAUUGUGUGCACGGAAACACAUCGAGCUGCUACUCUUCAUCCAUACUGAAUCCUGCCGACUUGCACCUGCGUCCCGCCCUUUCGCAUUCGUUCUCCUGCCCCUUGCGAUUCGGGGAGGCUAUCUCGAGCCAAUCGAUCGAGCCCCUCGCGACGCAGCC